CCGCACCUCUGGUCUUUUGGUCUUUUGACCGCGUACUGCCCACCACAAUCAAUGCCUACACCUGCCGCCGAUCUGAAGGCGUCUCUCGAGAAGCAUAAUGCUACUUUUGAAUCGUUGCUGAAUUUGAUACCCGCGAAAUUCUACCUCGUGCAAGAGGAGACUGAGGAACAGGCGAAUGCCAAGUACCAGAAACAUUCGAAGAAGACAAAAGCACCUAAGCAAGCUAUAAAGGAGGCAGGCAAGAAAGCGAAGCGGGAAAAGCUGGAUCCUGCGAACCAUAAAACUAUUGUUGAAUUGCAACAUGAGAAAGCUCUGCAGAAGACGGCUGCAGCUGGCUCCAGCAAAGGCAAACGGAAGGCGAAUGCGCCUCUAGACGAAGACGAAGACGACGAAGGGGCUGAUCUUUCUAUGGAUGUUAGCAUGCAAGUCGACGGGGAGGACGGUGACGCUCCUAGUUCAGUGUCGCCUGAGGAGUUCGUGCCCAUGGCAUCCGGCGGGAUCGCGACCUUGAGGGAAAAGCUCCAUAACAAAAUGGCGCAACUACGGAGGGGCAAGAAAGGGCCGAGAUUGGAUGAGGGUCGUAGCGCGGAGCCGGGUAGCAGGGACGAGCUCUUGGAAGAGCGGAGGAGGCAGCGGGCUGUGAUGAGGGAAAGGCGGCGGAAAGAGACAAAGGAGAAGAUACGGAGGGAAGACGAGGCAAGAGGGAAGAAGGGUAAGGGCAAAGAGAAGCAGGAGGAGAAGGGGAGGGACAAGGGUCCGACUACGAAGACUCAACUGCUCGUCCCUGAUCAGUCACGACCUGGUCCUUCGCGUGAAGGUCCCCAAAGCAAAUUUACAUCGGUCGCCUUUUCUUCUCUUGCCGAUGGCUCUACUUCGUCAAAACAUGCAGAAAAACUCAAGGUGUCCUCAAAUCCUGCGCAGGCCCUCGAGAAGCUCGCGGCAAAGAAAGAGAGGCUCGCGAACAUGCCGGAGGAGAAGAGAAAGGCGAUCGAAGAACGCGAGAGGUGGGAAAAGGCGGCAGCUCGAAUGGAGGGAGUCAAGGUCAGGGACGACGAGGGGAGGUUGAGGAAAGCAGUGAAGAGGAAGGAGAAGGAGAAAGCGAAAAGCAAGAAGGCUUGGGAUGAGCGCAAGCAGCAGCUUGAUGCGGCGGCGGCGGCCAAGCAGCAGAAACGCUCAGACAACAUCGCAAUGCGGAACGAGCGUAGGAAGGACAAGUCCAAAGGCGGUAAGGGGAAGGCACGGCCCGGGUUCGAGGGCAAAUCGUUUGGGAAAGGCAAAAGUAAACCUGGCGGCGGGAAGGGAAGGAAAUGAGUCGGCUUCGUUUCACAUAGCUGUAGCAAUAGGAUGCUGGGGAAUCGUUACGCGCACGUCCGAUCGGGCUCAGCC